GUUUGUUUGGUUCUUGAAUCUGACUCUAUUUUACUCAUCCUCUCCUCCCCUCAUCUUCCCUUCUUCUCCUUCAUCCUCAAUUCCUUCCCCUCUCCCCACGAUCCCUGCUGAGCCGGGAUCGCUGUAUAUUAUCAUAUAUCUAUCUUGACCGGUUUCGUCAUUAUAUUUCCUUUCUUUAUUUAACGACGUCACGAUCUGGUGCUUCCAUAAUGGCCACCGUUGAGGCAGUAUCUGCCCCCCUCGAUGCCCCCAUCGAAAACGGCCUCGCUUCCCCAACACAAUCAACCGGCCCCUCCGCAGCCGCCAAAAAGAAGAACAAGAACAAGAAGAAGAAGAAGAACAACAAGUCCGUCUCGGCGCCCGCUCCCGAUUCGACCGCCGAUGCCGAUAUCAAAGAGAAUGGUGCUGCCGUCUCGGGACUCCCGGAUGUUGCCGCUCCCGUGUCCGCUCCCGAGGCCGAGCUCGACGUGAAGGCGCCGGCGGUGCAGGAGCCUGAGGCUCCCGCUCCGGUUGAGGAGUCUCCUGUGGAGGAGUCUGCUCCGAUCGAGGAAUCCGCUCCCGUCAAGGCCCCGGCUGUUCAGCUGGAUGAACCCAUCGUCGAGUCCAAGCCCGCAUCUACUCCCGAGCAGCCUGUCGAGGCUCCCGUCGAGGCCCCGGUCGAAGAGUCCAAGCCUGAGGAACCCGCUGCUGAGCCGGUCGUCGCUCCGGUCGAAAAGACUCAAGAAUCCGAGAAAGACGCGGAGGUGACACCGGAGGAAGUUAAGGUCGAGGAAGCUCCUGUCGCUGAGGAAGUGAAGCCUGUGGAGGAGACCAAGCCGGAAGAAACUCCCGUCGCCGAAGAGGUUAAGCCUGUUGAAGAAAUCAAGGCUGAGGAGACCCCCGUCGCUGAAGAGGUCAAGCCUGUUGAAGAGACUAAGCCGGAAGAAACUCCGGUUGCUGAGGAGGUUCAGCCUGUGGAGGAGACCAAGGUUGAGGAAGUUCCCGUGGCCGAAGAGGUCAAGCCUGUUGAAGAGGCCAAGCCGGAAGAAACUCCGGUUGCGGAGGAAGUCAAGCCCGUGGAGGAGACCAAGGUUGAGGAAGCUCCCGUCGCCGAAGAGGUCAAGCCUGUCGAAGAAACCAAGGUUGAGGAAGCUCCCGUCGCCGAAGAGGUCAAGCCCGUUGAAGAGGCCAAGCCGGAAGAAACUCCGGUUGCGGAGGAAGUCAAGCCCGUGGAGGAGGCUAAACCGGAAGAAGCUCCCGUCGCUGAGGAGGUCAAGCCCGUUGAGGAGACCAAGGCUGAGGAAGCUCCGGUGGCUGAGGAAGUGAAGCCCGUGGAGGAAUCUAAGCCGGAGGAAGCUCCAGUUGCCGAAGAGGUUAAGUCCGUCGAGGAAACCAAGCCUGUUGAAGAGGCUCCGGUCCCCGAGGAAGUCAAGCCCGUGGAGGAAGCUAAGCCGGAAGAAGUUCCGGUUGCCGAAGAGGUCAAGCCUGUGGAGGAGGCUAAGCCUGAAGAAGUUCCCGUCGCUGAAGAGGUGAAGCCUGUGGAGGAAAUCAAGGAGGAAAUUCAAUCUGCCGAAGAAGUGAAGCCGGUGGAAGAGGCUAAGGCUGAAGAAGUCCCAGUUGCCAAGGAAGUGGCACCUGUGGAGGAAACCAAGGCGGCUGAAGAGGUUUCGGUUCCUGAAGAAGUCAAGCCUGUGGAGGAGACCAAGCCUGCUGAGGAAGUUCUGGUUGCCGAAGAGGUUAAGCCUGUAGAGGAAACCAAGCUGGAAGAGGUUCCCGCUGCCGAGGAGGUGAAGCCUGUUGAGGAAACCAAGUCUGAGGAAACUCAGGUUCCUGAGGAGGUGAAGCCUAUUGAGGAGACCAAGGCUGCUGAGGAAGUUCCCGUCGCCGAGGAGGUUAAACCUGUAGAGGAAACCAAGUCGGAGGAAGUUCCCGUUGCUGAAGAGGUGAAGCCUAUCGAGGAGGCCAAGCCUGCUGAAGAGGUUCCGGUUGCUGAGGAGGUCAAGCCCGUGGAGGAGACCAAGCCUGCUGAGGAGGUUCCGGUCGUUGAGGAGGCUAAGUCUGUGGAGGAGACCAAAACCGCCGAGGAAGUUCAGGUUCCUGAAGAGGUCAAGCCUAUCGAAGAAGCCAAGCCUGUUGAGGAGGUUCCCGUCGCCGAAGAGGUGAAGCCUGUCGAAGAAGCCAAGCUUGCCGAAGAGGUUCAGGUUCCUGAGGAAGUCAAGCCUGUCGAAGAGACCAAGGCCGCAGAGGAGGCUCUCGUCGCCGAGGAGGUUAAGCCGGUGGAGGAGACCAAGCCUGCUGAGGAAGUCCCCGUCGCUGAGGAGGUGCCUCCUGUCGAGGAAGCCAAGCCUAUCGAAGAGGCUCAGGUCGCCGAGGAGGUUAAGCCUGUGGAGGAAACUAAGCAUGCGGAAGAGAUCCACGUUCCUGAGGAGGUUAAGCCCGCCGAAGAGGCCAAGCCCGCCGAGGAAGUUCCCGUCGCUGAAGAGGUGAAGCCCAUCGAGGAAGCCAAGCCUGCUGAAGAGGUUCCGGUUGCUGAGGAGGUCAAGCCCGUGGAGGAGACCAAGCCUGCUGAGGAAGUUCUGGUUGCCGAAGAGGUUAAGCCUGUAGAGGAAGCCAAGCCUUCCGAAGAGGUUCAACCCGCCGAAGAAGUCAAGCCGGUGGAGGAGGUUGCCCCCGUGGAGGAAAGCAAACCUAUUGAGGUUCAGGUUCCUGAGGAGGUCAAGCCGGUUGAGGCUAAACCCGCUGAAGAGGUUCAGGUCGCCGAGGAAGUUAAGCCUGUUGAGGAGGUGACGCCGGAGGUUCAGCCCGCUGAGGUCAAGCCUGCUGAACCUGCUGUCGAACAAACUCCAGAGGAGCCCGCCGCGACCAAGGUUGAAGAACCCGUCGAGGAGCCUGCCAAGGAGGAGCCUCUUGUUGAGGAACCUGCUAAGGAACUUCCCGUUGAGGAGCCUACUGUCGAGGAGCCCGCUAAGGAACAGCCUCCCGUUGAGGAGCCCGUCAAGGAGGAGCCUACUGUCGAGGAGCCCGUCAAGGAGCCUGUUGUUGAAGAACCUGUCAAGGAUGAAGCCCCCGAGUCUGCCCCCAAAGACAUCGCCCCCGAAGUCGCUGCCGCCACUGGUGCCGCCGCGGUCGGUGUGGCAGCGGGUGCAGUCGCCGCUGCGGCUUCCGAGAAGCCAGAGACCACCGAAGACAAGCUUUCGGCCCCUGCCCAGCCCGCGGCCAAUGAACCGCCUACCCCCGAGCCCGAAGCCGACCCCGCUCUUGUGGCGCUGGCCGGGGACCGUGAAGCGCUCCUCCAACAGCUGGGCGCUCCGUCCUCCGAACGACUGCCCCCGGCUGCCGUCAAAGACGACCAAGCCGACAAGCCGCAGCAGCCCACCGUGGAGACCACGGCUGAGCCUUCCGACUCGACGAAACUGUCUCCUCCUGAGGCCACGGCCAAGAGCGGACAGACCUCUCGGGCGACCAGCCAGAACCGGUCCGUGGGUGCGGUGUCUCUCCACAACCAGCAGGGCGAAAGCUGGCUGAAGAGCUUCUUCCGCGUGGUGUUUGUGGACUUUUUCGGGGUGAUCUUCUCGCCCUUCCGCCGUCGUGGUAGGCAGUAAAUAGACUGGGGCAUGAGCCUGAGGUGAUGCAGCCUGGCUGAUCUGGUAUGUCGUCUACAUACAUACCCAUAUGAUCUGACCAGACUGCGAACCAACGCAAAACCAAAACAAAACCAAAACUGACAUUCAUUUGAUUUGGGCGUGUUUGUUUGAUUCCCCUGUAUUUGAUAUUGUCAUUUCUCUUCGUUUUCUUCUUUUCUUCCAUUACUGUUAUGCUCAGAUUGUGAAUAUGAUACUCCUGUUGAUUUUUCCAGCAUGUUCCUGCUUGGAGGCUACGGUCUGUCGUCUUGGAAGGAUAUGAUCUAUGGGUACUGCGAUGUAAUGAUUUACUGAUUAUGAUUGAUGAUAAUGAGAUUGGAG